UUCUCAACCACUUCGCUCUUCGACAUUUUCUACCGCUCCGAGGUACCUGGAUCGGAAGAAAGGGAGAUCCACGGAAUAGUUCAUCCCUCGGGGUCCAACCGGGACCGACGAAUCGCGGCCACAAUCCGGAAGAUUUCCCGAGUGUGAAACGUCUUGAGAAAAGUGGGUCGUCGUUUCUCCCACGUAAAACCGAUCAUCUCCCACCUAUUUCGUUUCAUCGUCCAGAAGGUCCGUCAGUGGCGUAUCGUUCACGUCCUCGAGAGGAUCCUCGAGUUGUUCUUUCGUACGGAUCUCGCGGUCACCGACAGCGGAAACGUAGCACCCCGAAAGUGUCACCGAGACGGGUGGAAUUUGAAAAGAAAAGUUGAGAACAAGAGGAAGAAAGAAGCUUGCGACAAGAACAAAGAAGAAUGCCAGGUGCCGGUGGUCAACCACCGCAGAGGACCACCUUCAGGCCACCAUGGGUCAAGGAUGGUCCGAACCCUCUACCUAUGCCUACUGCACCAUGGACUCUCAACUCCAGGAGAGACUCCAAACCCAUAACGGACGAACCGCCUGCGUUUACUCAAGUUACACUUAAAAGUGUACCAAAAGCAGAAGCAAAGCCCUCGACGGAAGCGCAGCCUCGUAAACAGAGCAAGAUCACAAUAAUCCCGUCACAGCCUAAAAGUGAAAAGAAUGCGACUAGUCAACCGGCACCGACGAAGCUCCGCGAGAAUGGACGACAAGAGCCAAUUUCGAGGCCACAGCUCGAACGACAGGUUCGAAUCGAGAGGUCCCGAUCUCGAGGUGACACGAUACCUCUCUCCAAGAGCGAGAGCACCACAGGUGCACCGACGCUAUCGAAAAGCUCGUCGAGAGCAGCUAUUCCACCACCGCCACCACCGAGACCACCUCCACCACCUCCGGCCCGAACGAUCAUCAAGGAUCUUCCUCCGCUCAGCCAGGAACAACAACAGAAGAUAGAGAUGCUAAAGCAAAGACCAAGGAAACGUCCGGAUUGGGCGAGUAUGAUGAAGGAGGUGGAAAGCGGUAAACGUUUGAGGCACGUGAAAUGCAACGAUAGGAGUGCGCCCUUGAUCGAGAGGGUGAACAAGGUUACAGCUGACCCAGCAGGGAACGCACACUUUGUGUUCGAAUCCGAAAAAUCGAACAUGCAUAAUCAACUGCUGAAGCAGAUUCAGCAGGGUGUACCGCUAAAAAGGGUGCAGACGAAUGACCGUUCGAAACCGAUGCUGCAAGGGCUGAGAAAAUUCCGAAGGCAAUUGACGAUAGAGGAGCAAAUACAGAAAGCGGAGGAGCCAACCGAUGACUCGAUCUCGGACGAUAUGGACGAUAUCGAUGCGGUGAGGGACGAUUUGCAAAGUACCAAGCAAAUGCUUGCUCUGGAGCUUAGAAACAAGGAAGCGUUGGAAAGGGACAAUAAGAGACUACAAGCAAGGAUUUUGAACCUCGAGGCUGAAGUUGACCGGGAGAGAUCUAAGAAAAGCGUACAAGAACACAAGAAAUACGAUGAAGCACUCACGACAUCUUUGAAACAAGAAAUUCAACAAGCCAGAAAGGAUGCUGAGAAAUUUGAAAAGGAAUACAUCACGGUAGCGGAGGAAAGAGACAAAUUCAAGAACGAACUAGAAGAAAUGAGGAGAAUGUAUGCAACCUUGGAGAGACGUAUGAAAGCCGAACAGGAGCUUGAGCCUGAGCCAGUAAUAGAACUAGCGGACGAUUACGACGAAGCAGUUUGGUACGCUGUUUCAGGAAUGGCACUGGCCGGUUGUCCGAGUGCAAAAGAUGUAGCAAAAAUUGCUUCGCAGAAAAGUAUAGAUAAGAAAGAGCCAAGCGAAAGCGAAGAAGAGGAAGAAGAAGAAAGUUCAGAGGAAGAAGAUGAGAAAGAUCCAAAGGCAGCAGAGAAACGGUUACAAAGAGAAAUCAAACUUCUGACAACAAAGAUAAAAACUUCACAGGAUAAAGCAGGUAACGCUAGAAAAGAGCGACAUGCUUUGAAAGACCAAAUUAAGCAACAACAAAAAUUAUUGAAAGAGGAGAAAAAGAAAUUUAAGCGUCUACAGAAGGAAGUUGACAAAAUGGCGAAGUUGGUGUCAGAAAGUGAAGAGGAUGAAGAAGAAGAAGAUGAUGAAGAGACAGAGUCUGAAGAAGAAUCUGAAUCUGAGGAAUCUGAAGAAGACGAAGAAACUGAGACAGAAGAUGAAGAUGAUUCUUUUGAAGGACAAAGAAAUUCUUUACAGAAAAAAGCUAAAAAACAUGAGGGACGUUUAGCUGCAUUAAAGAAGGGUAACUAUUUACUUAAGGCACAAGUUGAUAGACUGAAAGAUGAUUUAGCAAAGCAACGAGAAGAAAGCCUUACUUUGCAAGAGGAUCUUGACUCUGUUUUAGCAGAAUUAGGUUAAGCUAAUGUAAAGAACAGUUAAAUAUUAUUAUGGACAAUUGUAUACAUGCACAUAUAAGUAUUAUAUAUGAAAAUAUAGAAAAUGUUAUGUCUGAAAAAAAUAGACACAUAACUAAUACACGCACACUCACCUAAACGCCUCUUGGAGAUGAUCUUACACUCAAACAGAAUUUUUGUUCAUAUUAACUGCGGACUAUACGUCGUGCGACCAUUUUUUACAAUCGUUUAGUAAACGCGCUAAUUUGUUUUCUCUAGUA